AUGUCUCACUUCCUAAAGGGCCCGAGGAAGGAGAAUACAGCAGCCACAAGCUCCAAACCGCCCUACCUCCUGUCCCUGCGCUCCUCCAAGGCCUUCAUAGCAGCGACCGUCUGCAUCGCCAUCUUCACCGACAUUCUUCUCUACGGCAUCAUCGUGCCCGUCCUCCCCUUCGCCAUGACCAACCGCAUCGGCAUCCCCGACGACGCCCUCCAGCAGUGGAACGCCAUCCUCCUCGCCUGCUACACGGUCGCCCUUUUCGUCGGCAGCCCCCUCGUCGGCAUCUAUGCAGACCACACCUCGUCGCGGCGCUGGCCCCUCCUCAUCGGCCUCUUUGCCCUGGCCGCCUCCACCCUCCUCCUGUGCCUAGGCCAGACCGUCGCCCUCUUCAUCCUGGGCCGUCUCUUGCAGGGUUUCAGCGCCGCUAUCGUCUGGAGCGUCGGCUUGGCCCUGCUAGCCGACACGUUUGGCGACAAGAUCGGCAUGGCGAUGGGGUAUUCAUCCAUCGCCAUGUCGCUGGGCCUGCUUGUCUCGCCUGCGAUUGGGGGUGCCGUGUUUGCCAAUUGCGGGUAUUACUCUGUCUACUAUGUCGCCUUUGGGUGCAUUUUUCUCGAUGUGAUCUUAAGACUGGUCCUUAUUGAGAAGAAGGUCGCCCAACGAUGGCUCGACGAGGAUGAUGGAGUAGGAGGAAGCCGAAGGACGGAUCCCGAAAACGCUCAGAUCCAAGAGAACAAACUUGAGACAGGCAUGCCGGCUGAGAGUCGUGGCGGCAACGGUGGAGAUUACAAUCACGGCUCAGGCACACCUCUUGCACCAGCAGCAACAACCUCAGCCGUCACUACUAGUAGCAGACUGACGGCAAGAUACCCCAAACUCAAACUCGUCAAAUCAAGGCGCAUUCUAGCCGCCAACUGGGGCAUUAUCACACAAGCCGCCAUCAUGUUCUCAUUUGACACCGUCCUACCCUUGUUCGUCAAGUCGACCUUCCACUGGAACUCGACCGCAGCAGGCCUCAUCUUCUUCUGUGUCUUCAUCCCAGGCUUCGUCUCCCCCGUAGUAGGCUGGCUCUCUGACCGCUACGGGGCCAGGUGGCCCUCCUUUGUAGGCUUCGUCGCCUCCAUCCCGAUUCUAGUGUGCUUGAGGUUCGUGACAGAGGACAACACGCCCCAAAAGGUUCUACUCGGCGCUCUCUUGGCCCUACUGGGCGUCACGCUCGUUUUCUCCAACACGCCGCUCAUGGCAGAGAUCACGUACGCGAUCGAGGCGGAGGAGGCCAAGAGCCCCGGCGUGUUUGGUGCCAAAGGUGUAUAUGGGCUGGGCUACGGGUUGUUCUGUACUUCUUUUGCGCUGGGAGGGUCGGUGGGGACGCUGAUGUCAGGAUAUGUGAUGGCUGGGGCUGGGUGGGCUACGCUGACUUGGGCUUUGGCGGUUUGGGCGGCCGGGGGCGCGGUUGUGAUUGGAUUGUUUGCUGGCGGAAAGCCGCCGGUGAAAAUGGCGGGGUCUGAUGAAGAGGAGGGGGAGGAGGAGGAGGAGGAGGAGGAUGUGGAAUCUGCAUCAGAGACUCUGGAUCAAAAUGUUGAGGCCGGACCAGAAAUCAAGAAUGAUCGAGAUGCCAAAGAGGAGGGUGUGGCUCAUGCCGUGUAA